GAGAGAAAGACAGAGAGGUGGUGAUGGGGGAAACAGAAGACAGGGAGCAUGACACAGUCUGUGGUCAGAGUUAGUUUAUGUGUUAUUUUACAGUGUUUGUUCUUGUAGUUUGGUGAUGGAGCCCCAACGGCAGAUAUACAAAAGACUGGACAUUCCUGACCAUGUGCAUUACAUCAUCGCCUUCCUCAUCCUCAUCGUCGGCACUUUGGGGGUGACAGGCAACACACUGGUCAUGAUCGCUUUCUACAGCAAUAAAAAGUUGCGGAACCUGCCAAAUUAUUUCAUAAUGAACCUGGCAGUCAGUGAUUUCCUCAUGGCCAUCACGCAAUCUCCAAUCUUCUUCAUAAACUGCCUUUAUAAGCAGUGGAUGUUUGGAGAACUGGGAUGUAAAAUAUAUGCAUUCUGUGGUGCUCUGUUUGGUAUCACCUCUAUGAUAAACCUGUUGGCGAUCUCUAUUGACCGUUACCUGGUCAUCACCAAACCGCUGCAGACCAUCCAAUCGAAUUCCAAACGCAAAACCUUUCUGGCCAUCCUGUGCAUCUGGCUCUAUUCGCUGGCCUGGAGCCUCGCACCGCUGAUUGGCUGGAGUUCCUACAUCCCUGAAGGUUUGAUGACAUCAUGCACAUGGGACUACGUGUCGCCAUCUCCGGCCAACAGGAGUUACACUAUGAUGCUCUGCUGUUUUGUCUUCUUCAUUCCUCUGGCCAUCAUACUUUACUGUUACCUCUUCAUGUUCCUCUCUGUACGACAGGCCGCCAGAGAUUUGGAAAGGCUGAACUCUCAGAAGUCCAGUUUUUUGAAGCAGCUGUCAAUGAGGAGUGAAUGGAAACUGGCUAAAAUAGCAGCAGUGGUCAUUGUGGUUUAUGUCCUUUCCUGGGCACCUUACGCAUGUGUCACCCUCAUCGCCUGGGCAGGGCAUGCAAGAAUUCUCAGCCCUUACUCAAAAACACUGCCAGCAGUCCUCGCCAAAUCAUCUGCCAUCUACAACCCUUUCAUAUAUGCAAUAGUUCACACCAAAUAUCGAGCUACAUUAGCUGAGAAGAUACCGGGUUUAUCUUGUCUGUCUCGCUCUCAAAAGGACUGUCUCUCUUCCUCCAUUAAUAGUGACGCGUCAGUUCAGGACACCAGUAUGAGCAGACAGUCUUCUGUCUCCAAAUACAAACUCCACACAACCACGGUAAUGGGAGAUGUACAGCUGGACCUGAUGGAGAACAGUACAAACAUGUCCAGAGUGCCAUUUAGAAGCUCUUCCAAACUGAGAAAAAUCGUAAAAUGCUCUUCGCUGACGAUGGAGAAGCCUCCAGUACAGAUCAAAGAGUCAAUCAGCCUUUGUGAACGGGAUCUCGUCUCUGGAUCCUUCGCCAUGGCAACUGCACCAAUGGUUGUUUACACUAAGAAAAGCAGGAGUGUCGGCAUGACCUCUGACUCUCCAUUUCACCCAAAGAAUGACUCUGUGACCCACAGCUCAUCUGAUACUCCCAAAAUCAUCAUCAGUACGGCCUCAGAGAGCAACCUAAGAGAAGAUAUGGUGCACAAGUCUAGAUCUCACCAUCAAGACUCAAGGAACAUAAUGUUUGACCUCACGCACAUAAACUGCCCAGCAGAGUUAGUGGAGACUAUGGAAAGACUCCUCACAUGAGCUCUCAAGUCUUUUCACUUGCUACUGUAAGUCUCAUCAGUUAAGAAUAGCUUGUCCAGAAAAAGACUUUUUAAUAAACUGUGGUUGUUAUUAGCCGUUUACCUCCAAUAGAUCAAAUAUAAAUGUCAGUUUCAUCUUGAGAAACAAACGGGACAAAGAAAUGAUUGAGUUCACUGACUACAUACAGUAUACAGCAGCAAUCAUAGACAACUUGACUUUUGUUCUUUAUUUAUUUCGAUUCACAAGUGUUUUUCCAUUUUCUGUCAUUGGUGCUGCAACACUUUAGAUGAUAUCUCUGUGCUCAUAGUGAAAUCUAACAAAUCCAAUGGAACUUUAAGCCAAUAUUACUGUGAUUUUUAACUUUAUAUUUGAACAGUAUAUUUAUUGUUUUAUCAUUUAAAACCUUAAAACAAACUUCUGUUUGUGAAAUGUUUUGCUUGAAGAGUUUGCCCUCCUUUGCCAAAGGAAAGGAUUCUGGGUUCAAUGCAAGUUAUGCCUCCUACACACCACACGACUUUCAAAGACGUCGGAUCGUGGUACCGUUUAUAUUACACAACUGUCUGUCUUGUCAUGGAACAGGACGAAUCGGCGACAGGGGUGAACACAUUACAAGACAUUUCAUUAUUGACGAAUCCCCGAAGACUCUGCCUGGACUCCAAAUUACGUUUCACAACAGAGUACACGUGAGAAGUGAUACGAGAUAGGAAAACAAAUGCAUGAUCAAAUGUUCUGCAUUUCAGAAUAUGAUGUGGAUGUUUUUAAUCAUAUAUGUUAUUGGUUACAAUAUGAAAAAGUACCUCCUACUGAAAAAUCUACCUAUUUGCUAAGCUGACUGCCCAAGAGAAUUGGCAAUUUCUCUCCAACUCUUCUCUUUCUCCAUCCGGUUGUGGGACAGUUCAGAGGAAACAUCAAAUAGGUGCUGGUGCUCCUGUCAAUGUUCCACAAAUGUAUUCCUCCAUUUCUUCGGUCCAAUGAGACUUUCUUGAUACCGCAGACAUGCUAGUUGAUGUUCUGUUGCAGGUACAUCAGGACUCCUCCCACUGAAAC